GGUUUGAGCGUGUCGUGUUUCUACGAACAAUCAGUGUCGUUGCAAGAAAUCGGGCGAUCAUCGAUCAAAAAGCUGACCGAUACACAGUGCUCUUAUCGCCUUCACCGAUUCGGACCUGAUCACUGCGUGGCACUCGACGCAAAAGUUGGCGAGUCACUGUAUCAUAAAUGGGAAUGUGAUAGUCGUAAGUUGAAUGCAUAA